CAUUCCAAAGGAGAAGCUCUCAGCAAUUUUGUGGCUGUUUCUUUUUCCUGAGGAAACCAUUUUUGUAUGGUUUCAUUGGUAAUCUGUCUGGUCUCAUUGGGAAGGGGGAAAACUCGUUCUGCUCUCUCCCUCUCUCUCUGUGGGACGCGGAGUUGCUGCUCGUUGGCAACUCGUUUCCGUCUGUCUGCUGCUGAAAGGGUAUCAGUUUGUUCUAUUUUAUUUUCUUUCUUGGCGGAGGUGAGAGAGAGGGAGAAAUGGAUUCUUGCGGAGGGAAGAAAGGACCCGUUGGCCUCGCUUACGACGAAAGGAUGUGUGCCCACUUCGAUCCAAGGGAGGAUCCCCACCCGGAAGAUCCACAAAGGAUCAAAGCUGUCUGGGAAAUGCUUCAAUCAGAAGGAAUUCCAGAGAGGUGUGUAGUGAUGAAAGCUAAGUCGGCAGAUGAAAAGAAUAUUGCGCUGGUUCAUUCCCAAAAGCACGUUGAUUUCAUAAGGACCAUUAGCUCUAAGGGGUUGGACGCAAAAAGGGGGAAAAUAGCAUCGAGGUUUAAUUCAAUAUAUUUCAACAAGGGGUCGUCUGAAGCAGCAUUUUUAGCGGCUGGUUCGGUUUUGGAGUUAACUGAGAAGGUGGCUAAAGGAGAGCUUGGUGCUGCUGUUGCUAUUGUUAGACCUCCUGGUCACCAUGCUGAGCAUAACGAACCAAUGGGGUUUUGCCUUUUCAAUAAUGUUGCGAUUGCUGCCAAUUUUCUUGUAAAUGAAAAGCCAGAACUUGGUAUAAAGAAGAUUCUAAUUGUUGAUUGGGAUGUUCAUCAUGGAAAUGGGACGCAAAAGAUGUUUUGGAAUGAUCCAAGAGUUCUGUACUUCUCUGUCCAUAGGUAUGAUAAUGGAAGCUUCUAUCCUGGUGGUGAUGAUGGUGCUUACAAUAAAGUUGGUGAGGGCUUAGGUACAGGGUAUAAUGUUAAUGUUCCAUGGGAACAUGGCCGCUGUGGUGAUGCUGACUACCUUGCUGUUUGGGACAAUAUACUGAUUCCACUAGCAAAGAGUUUUGAUCCAGAUUUGGUACUUAUUUCUGCUGGAUUUGACGCAGCUAUUGGGGACCCACUAGGAGGCUGUCGAGUCACUCCUUAUGGAUAUUCUAUCAUGACAAAAAAGCUGAUGGAUUUUGCAAGUGGGAAAAUUGUUCUUGCUCUUGAGGGUGGAUACAACCUUAACUCUUUGGCGAAGUCAGUUCUUGCAUGUGUUAAAGUAUUACUUGAGGACAAGCCUAUUGAUGGUUCAUUUGAGGCCUAUCCAUUUGAAUCCACGUGGCGCAUCAUAAAAGUGGUUCGACAAGAGUUACGUAGAUUCUGGCCAAUAUUUUCUGAAGAGUUACCACAGGCACAAUUAAUCAACAUUGACAGUGCUCGUGUACCUGAGCUUAUUUCAGCCUCAAGUUCUGAAUCUGAUUCUGAGGACAAUGCAGAAUCUGACGUUACAAAAGAUAUUAGUCAGGCCAAAACAGCAGAUACUCAUCAUGCAAAUGUUGUUCUAGCCUUUUCUAAGCUGGAAAUUGAUGAAACCAAAUGCAAUAAAGGGGUUGCUUCAAAUAAUAGCCAAACCAUUGUUCCAGGCAUUUCAGCUGAAGUGACAGUUCCCUUGCCAGCACAAAUAGCUGAAACCACUUCUUCAUGGAGGUCAGCCUUCUCAAAAGUUGAUGUCUGGUAUGCAUCAUAUGGAUCAAACAUGUGGAAACCAAGGUUCCUGUGCUAUAUUGAAGGUGGACAGGUUCAAGAUAUGCAAAGGCCAUGUGUUGGAUCGAAUGAUAGAAGACCUCCAAAGAAUGUCAUGUGGACUACUGUGCCACACAGGUUGUUCUUUGGACAUUCUCGUACAAGUACAUGGGGAGCAGGAGGUGUUGCUUUCUUGCAUCCAGAAAGCAAUUCCAACAACAAAGCUCAUAUCUGCCUAUAUAAAAUAACGCUUGAGCAGUUCAACGAUGUACUAGUCCAAGAGAAUCGUGCAAUUUAUGCUGGGAACUUGCCGGUUGUGGAUUUAGCUCUUGUAGAUUAUGUUGCUGCAAACAAAUCCGUGGCCCUUCAGCCUCUGAAGGAAGGCUGGUACCAUAAUGUCAUUUUCCUGGGAGUACAGGAUGAUCUUCCCAUCCUAUCUAUGACCUGUCCAAUGUCUGACAUCGAUAGAUUCAAAUCUGGAGAGCUGCCUCUGUCACUCCCUGCUGCAGGAUAUAAGAGCUGCUUGAUCCGGGGCUUGGUGGAAGGAAAGCAACUCUGUCAACAGGAUGCAGUAGCCUACCUCGAUUCUGCAGCAACGUUUCCACUUUGACUAGCUUUACUGGUUUCAGCUUCUGAUGGUUGAAUUCUUACAAAUUGGGUUUUUGUUAUCGCAUUAAAUGUGGAACUCAUGCUAAAUUUUUGUUGCUUUCAGCCUGUCGCAUAUACAUUUAUGAGAAGCAGAAUAUCAGUCCAUGUAUAUAUCCUGAUUUCCUAGCUCUUUUCCUGGCCAGACUGGAACAAGCAUUGUCUGAAAUACAGAUGAUCUUUGCUUGUACUAAGCAAUGUAAAAUCUUUUUAUGACUGUAUAAUCUAGUUCUAGUAACAUUUGAACAA